UGUAAGGGACACCGUCGAUCGACGGCAAUUAUGACUUCGAACUUCUGCACGACCUUUACAUUUACAAAGAACAAUCUCACUGCUCAUGUAAUCAUAUCAAGGGAUGGGAUUUUAAAAUUGCGUCACCCUGCAGGUGCCCUCCUGUUUCUAAAUGCUUUGCCAUUUUAGUGUGAUGACUUUUGGAGAACUACAAGGGUUCCCGAUGACUUUAGUGCAGUGUACACCAAUGCUGCUAACCUGGGUCGUGUUCAGCACAUGCGUUUCUGUCGGCGAUCUUACAACAGUGACAAGCCAGACCAUGCAAAGAUACUUUGAUUCCGAUAUUUUUUUAAACUAUAACAGAUAUGUUCGUCCGGUCAACCAGUUGGGGGACAUAGUGGACGUUCGAGCAAGUUUGACACUUUACUCUAUCACAGAAUUGGACUGUGUCCUUGGUGUUCUUCAUUCCAUCGGUCAUUUAGAGAUCAAAUGGACGGACCAACUUUUAUCGUGGAAAAACUACUCGGAUAGUUUCAAGGAUAUGGAAAUGAUUCAAAUGCGAGCUUCAGAUGUUUGGAUACCUCCAGUCGUCACCACGAACCCGUUUGAUGACAUUGACGGAUUUAAUACCGGAAGUGACAUAAUUCUGAUUUAUAAUGGCGGCCAAGUGAUUUGGAAGCCAAGGACUGUGAUCAAGUCUUUAUGUACAACUAAUGUUAAAUACUUCCCUUUUGACGUUCAAACGUGCAAUAUUUCGUUUGGAAUUGUGGGAUACAAACCGAAUGAAGUAAAACUUAGUUCUGCAACAGUUGGUGAAAUUAUUGACCUCGGCUCCCUUCAUACAAACACGGAAUGGAACAUUGACCAAACGAAAGUUUACAGUUCGCUUUCAGGUCACAGUUCGAAUAUUCAUUUUGAGAUAACUAUGUCACGUAAACCUACGUAUUUCGUCAUCAACCUGCUCCUUCCUGUCCUUUUGAUAACGAUUUUGAUCACGUGUUCUUUCAUGCUCCCUGCGGAGGAAGGUCGGGGACAAUUAGUGUCUAUAGGAUUCAUAACGUUAGCGUUUUACUUCAUAUACACCAUAUCUUUUCUCCCGAAGGCCUCCGACACACUCACGUAUCUCGGCUAUUUCUUUAUGUGGCAGAUGAUUUACAGUGUACUGGUGUCCGUGUCCGCCAUUCUCUCAAUUUUCCUUUAUUUCAAGCCAAGCAAUGACACCAUUCCAAAAUUCUUACAAAUACUUGUAUCACGUACUAUGAAAAAGAAGAAAGCUUCUCACCAAAUCACACGUAUAACGGUGGUACCCCCUGACCCCGACCGGAGGUCUGGGCCUAGUACCAGCGUAGUUAUUGACAACCAGAGGCGUCCUUCUAGUCAGGACAGUAAAACUCCAGAGAUAAGGUUCAUGAGUCCGAUAAUUGACCGUCAAGUAUCCGUCCAAUCACAAGUAUCGAUAGAUGAUUCGGGCGAGACAAAUAAUGAGCCUCGUGUUGGUAUCGGAAGUCAGACUUAUAGUAGAGACAGACAGGCCAGUGUGUCUUCAGUGUCGUCCAACAGCCCAAAGGUCAAACGCGAUAGGAAGAUUUCACCUGUGCUUAAUGGAAAACAGGUUAGCAAUGCUUUACAUCCCGGUGAAAAAGUCAGGAAGACAUCCACCGCCAGUGUCGGUAGUAGGUCCAGUCAACGCAGUGUCCACUGGAGUAAACGAAGCAUUGAUGAUAAAAAAGAGGCCAAAGGUUUCACUAGUGAUAAACAAUGGAGGACUUCUAGCAUCCGGUCUAACUGUGAAACCCAGCAUCUACAAAAAAACAUGCAGACCUCAGUGGUGGUACCAGACAUUGCUAUAGAAAGGUUUGAUUCUAGUAAAACAAGGAAAAAUGCUCAAUAUUGUAAGACAAAAGAAAAUGGACAAGUCGGAUUAUCUAACCGGAAGCGGAAGCACCAGAAACCAUGUAAUAAACAACUCACAUGGAAACAGGUUUCGUUAACAUUAGAUAAAUUGUUCAUGUUGUCAUUUAUGAUAAUAAACGUUCUUGUUUCUACCUUCUUUCUUUUCCCCCUGGCGUCACGCCUAUAGCCAUAGUAUAGUUUCCCCCACGCGUCACGCCUAUAGCCAUAGUAUUUUUUUCCUAUGGCGUCACGCCUAUAGCCAUAGUAUAUUUUCCUAUGGCGUCACGCCUAUAGCCAUAUUAUUGUUUCCCCCUGGCGUCACGCCUAUAACCAUAGUAUAUUUUUCCUAUGACGUCACGCCUAUAACCAUAGUUUAGUUUUUCCUAUGGCGUCACGCCUAUAGCCAUAUUAUAGUUUUUCCUAUCGCGUCACGUCUCUAGUCAUCGUCUUUCUUCUCCCACCGGCACCAUAUUUCUAGUCAUCAUAUUUUCCCUCCUUUUGGUGCCAUGUCUGUAGUCAUCACUUCUUAUUCUUCUGGCGUCACGCCUCUUUCCAUAGUCAACAUGUACGUUUCCUUGUCUGUUCAUUAUGUAAUAAAUGU